AUGAUUGACAACGUUCCUAAAUCACCACGUUACAAUCAGACAUCUCCAGAUCUUCCUUUAACACCCACGACUUCUUCUUCCUCUAACCUCAACUCGAGUUCACAUUUAGCGAACAAACCAUUGCCUCCACGUACACCUAAAGAACCUGACUGUCCUUGCCACCACAUUCUUGUCUCAAAAGACUCUCAACACUGUGCUUUGUGUGACGAUAUUAUUCCCAUUUUGGCUGAGAUUCAGGAUGACCGAGAAAAGAAACGUGACAAAAUUAACGAAACAAAGCAGUUGCUUAGCAACGAACAGUCAAAAUUAAAACAACAGCAGCAAGAUAUCGAGGCAUUGAACAAAAAAUGCAUCGAGCUGACGGACAAAUUAAAAAAUACAACAGAACAGUAUCAAUCUUUACAAAAUGAUUUGGUUGUUUUGGAAAAGAAAUACGAGACAGAAAAGAUUGAAGCAGAGCAAGCAAAAAAAGACAAGACAGCUGUGGAAAACGAACUGGAAGAUCUAUCACAGCGACUCUUUGAAGAAGCAAAUGAUAUGGUAGCCAAUGAGAAGAGAGAAAAGCAUCAACUAGAGAUACAAUACAAUCAUUUACAAGAUGAACUUAAACUCUGUCGAGAACAAAUAGAAGCAGAGGAAUUACAGCUCAAAGAACUCAAGCAAAAAUUUGGUAGCAUGGAAGAGAAUCGUGAAAAGCGUUUUAGUGACAACAACAGCAGCACAACUUCUCUUAGGGAUUCAGCAUCUGUAGAAGAUGAGAAUGUUCCUACUGAGCGUGCUUCUCGUGAUAUGGCCGGUUUAUUUACACACAAAGACAACAAUCUGGAAAUACAAGAGACUACAGAUCCCACAAUUUUAAAUGAAUUUAAAGAAUUUGUACAGUUAGAUGAAUCUGUGCCUAUUCGAAAGUUACACAAUGCAACUCUUUUUAUGAGACACAGCUUGGCAGAAGAUGUAGAGCCUUGCUUGCGUUUUGGUCCCAAUGCACGACUCUCACCCAAAAAACUUUAUGAAGCCAUUUUACUUAAUACUUGUUUUAUUGAAGAAGCCCCUUAUGAAUAUGCUCAAGAGCAGGCCAAAAGACCAUAUGAUGUACCCCUUAGAAUAUCAGCUGCAAAAAGUAUGAUCUGGGAACGGCUUUCAAAUGCUCCAAUGGCCCUCUUUACAGGGUGUCAAGCAUGUGGUAGAGUCACGAAAGAUUUACCAUAUCGCUUUCGAAUCUCCAUGUUAGAUGACUGGGCCUGCGUUGAUAGAUAUUGUCGCGAUCGAUUAGUGGCUGUAUGUGAGUUCUAUACGUUUAUAAGAAACAUUCGCCAAGGCUAUUACAAUGGACGUACAGUCUCUGAUCUGUAUGGUGAAAGUAUACGCUUAAAAUUACAGAUGUUCUAUGCAAGCAGAAUGGGAACAUUAUCUCAAACACUUCAUAAUAUGGGAAUUAAAGGAGACAUGGUUGGACAAGCAUCCCCACCCAACAUGGUGAUACCAUCCCCUACUAUUGAAAAUGAAGACAAGGCAUCUUUGGCUGAUAGCACAGCAGAAUCCAACAUUUCUCAACGUAUAUCAGAAGAUGAAGAAGAAAAGCCUUCUGUUCAUCCAGGCAAUUCGGUAUGGAUUGAGCUUUAA